AUGAAUGCCCCGAUCAUUGCAAGCCACCCGGCGCCUUCAACCAUAAGGCUUGCCAAGCUGCAAACGGAGCAGCAGAACUCGAACACCUCAAAGAUCGACGAAGUCUCCUCCUUAGAGCUAUGUCAGAUCAUCAAUAAAGAAGACGCAACUGUUACCAAGGCCGUUGAGACCUGUCUACCCCAAGUUGCCCUUGCAAUCGAUGUGAUCGUACCACGCAUACUUGCGGGCGGGCGAGUCAUCUAUGCCGGUGCCGGGACUAGUGGAAGGUUAGGUGUCCUAGACGCGUCUGAAAUUCCACCCACAUUCUCUGCACCGCCAGGACAGUUCAUUGGAUUGAUAGCCGGCGGAGAUCAUGCUAUCCGAAACGCGGUCGAAGGCGCUGAGGACUCAGAAGAAAUGGGUGCGGCUGACCUUGCGAUGUUGUCCCCUCCUUUAGGCGAGAACGACGUCCUUAUAGGCAUUGCCUCGUCGGGGCGGACCCCUUAUGUUUUAGGAAGUAUCAAAUACGCAAAUUCGGUUGGAGCAGCCACGCUUGGUCUCGCCUGUGUGCAUCCAAGCGCACUAGAGGGACUCUGUGACAUUUUGAUCGAGUGUGUCACUGGUCCCGAAGUUGUGACUGGGAGUACUCGUCUCAAAGCGGGCACCGCGACCAAAAUGAUCUUGAAUAUGAUUUCCACAGGCUCACAGAUCCGAGCUGGGAAAACAUACGGCAAUUUGAUGGUUGAUUUGAAAAUUUCAAAUGAGAAGCUGCGUGACCGAGCACGCCGCGUCGUUCGGGCCAUCGUCCCCCCGACGGCCGUUUUCGACGUUAGUAGAGACGAUGUCCUCGAUGAGAUAUUGGCCCGCUGUAAUGGUCAUGUCAAACUCAGCAUUCUCGUGGCUACCUCUGGAUGUUCGCUUGAAGAGGGCAAGGCAAAGCUACAAGCCUCAACGGGGUCACUGAAGACAGCAUUAGAGAUGGAGUAA